UUUCCCGGCGUGCACUGCGUGCCGCCGACCCUCCAGAAAGAGUUGACUGCCCCGGGGAGGGAGCCGCGCUGGCCCAUUUUGCAGAUGGGGACGUCGAGGGCCGAGCCGACUGUGAUCUCCGGGGCGGACCUGGCUCCGUUGGAUGGAGUCCCAGGUGUCCCGGCCCCCGGGGAAGGCUUGGCGGGGCCGGUAUGCGAUGCGCAGCCCGUGCCGUUCGUCCCGCAGGUGCUGGGCAUGAUGAUCGGGGCUGGAGUCGCGGUUCUGGUCACCGCCGUGCUUAUCCUGCUGCUGGUGCGGAGGCUUCGAGUGCCGAAAACCCCAGCCCCGGACGGCCCCCGUUACCGAUUCCGGAAGAGAGACAAAGUGCUUUUCUAUGGCCGGAAGAUUAUGCGGAAGGUGUCACAAUCCACUUCUUCCUUAGUGGAUGCCUCCGUCUCCACCACUUCCCGCCCGCGCAUGAAGAAGAAACUUAAGAUGCUCAACAUUGCCAAGAAGAUCCUGCGCAUCCAGAAAGAGGCGCCCACGCUGCAGCGGAAGGAGCCCCCGCCUGCUGUGCUGGAGGCUGACCUGACCGAGGGCGACCUGGCCAACUCCCACCUGCCCUCCGAGGUGCUCUACAUGCUCAAGAAUGUCCGGGUGCUGGGCCACUUUGAGAAGCCACUCUUCCUGGAGCUCUGCCGCCACAUGGUCUUCCAGCGGCUCGGUCAGGGAGACUACGUCUUCCGACCUGGCCAGCCGGACGCAAGCAUCUAUGUGGUACAGGACGGACUCCUGGAGCUCUGUCUGCCGGGGCCUGACGGGAAGGAGUGUGUGGUGAAGGAAGUGGUUCCUGGGGACAGUGUCAACAGCCUCCUGAGCAUACUGGAUGUCAUCACUGGUCACCAGCACCCCCAGCGUACUGUGUCUGCCCGGGCAGCCCGAGACUCCACGGUGCUGCGGCUGCCAGUCGAGGCCUUCUCAGCAGUAUUCACCAAGUACCCCGAGAGCCUGGUGCGGGUGGUGCAGAUCAUCAUGGUGAGGCUGCAGCGGGUCACUUUCCUGGCACUUCACAACUACUUGGGACUGACCAAUGAGCUCUUCAGCCACGAGAUCCAGCCACUGCGCCUCUUCCCUAGCCCGGGCCUCCCACCCCGCACCAGCCCAGUGCGUGGCUCCAAGCGGAUGGUCAGCACUGCGGCCUCAGAGGAGCUGAGGGAGACCCCUGGCCGGCCGUCUGACCCCACUGGGGCCCCACUGCCCGGGACUGGAGGGGACCCAGUGAAGCCCACAUCCCUGGAAACCUCCUCAGCCCCCUUGCUGAGUCGCUGCAUCUCCAUGCCAGUGGAUAUCUCAGGCUUGCAGGGUGGCCCCCGCUCAGACUUCGACAUGGCAUAUGAACGGGGCCGGAUCUCUGUGUCUCUGCAAGAAGAGGCCUCAGGGGGGUUCCAGGCAGCUUCAGCUCGGACUCCCAGUCAGGAGGCCCGGGAGCAGCCAGCAGGCGCCUGUGAGUACAGCUACUGUGAGGACGAGUCGGCCCCCGGCAGCUGCCCCUUCGGGCCCUACCAGGGCCGCCAGACAAGCAGCAUCUUUGAGGCAGCAAAGCAGGAGCUGGCCAAGCUGAUGCAGAUUGAGGACCCCACCCUUCUGAAUAGUCGAGUUCUGCUACAUCACGCCAAAGCUGGCACCAUCAUCGCCCGCCAGGGGGACCAGGAUGUGAGCCUGCACUUCGUGCUCUGGGGCAGUCUGCACGUGUACCAGCGCAUGAUCGACAAGGCGGAGGACGUGUGCCUGUUCGUGGUACAGCCCGGGGAGCUAGUGGGACAGCUGGCUGUGCUCACCGGCGAGCCCCUCAUCUUCACGCUUCGAGCCCAGCGUGACUGCACCUUCCUGCGGAUCUCCAAGUCCAACUUCUACGAGAUCAUGCGUGCACAGCCCAGCGUGGUGCUGAGCGCCGCACAAACUGUGGCCGCCAGGAUGUCGCCCUUCGUGCGCCAGAUGGACUUUGCCAUCGAUUGGACGGCGGUGGAGGCAGGACGCGCACUGUACAGGCAGGGCGACCGUUCAGACUGCACCUACAUCGUGCUCAACGGGCGGCUGCGUAGUGUCAUUCAGAGGGGCAGCGGCAAAAAAGAGCUCGUGGGCGAGUACGGCCGCGGGGAUCUCAUAGGAGUGGUGGAGGCGCUGACAAGGCAGCCACGUGCCACGACGGUGCAUGCGGUGCGCGACACAGAGCUGGCCAAACUCCCCGAGGGCACCCUGGGCCACAUCAAACGUCGAUACCCGCAGGUCGUGACGCGCCUCAUCCACCUGCUGAGUCAGAAGAUUCUGGGGAAUUUGCAGCAGCUGCGAGGACCCUUCCCAGCAGGCUCGGGACUAGGUGUCCCCCCUCACUCGGAGCUCACCAACCCUGCCAGCAACCUGUCAACAGUGGCAGUGCUGCCCGUGUGUGCCGAGGUGCCCAUGGUGGCCUUCAUGCUGGAGCUGCAGCACGCUCUGCAAGCCAUUGGCCCCACGCUCCUCCUCAACAGUGACAUCAUCCGGGCCCGCCUGGGGGCCUCUGCACUGGACAGCAUCCAAGAAUUCCGGCUGUCAGGGUGGCUGGCCCAGCAGGAGGACACGCACCGCAUCGUGCUUUACCAAACAGACACAUCGCUGACGCCCUGGACCGUGCGCUGCCUGCGCCAGGCCGACUGCAUCCUCAUCGUGGGCCUGGGCGACCAGGAGCCCACACUCGGCCAGCUGGAGCAGAUGCUGGAGAACACAGCAGUGCGGGCCCUCAAGCAGCUGGUCCUGCUGCACCGCGAGGAGGGCGCAGGCCCCACGCGCACUGUGGAGUGGCUCAACAUGCGCAGCUGGUGCUCGGGACACCUGCAUCUGCGCUGUCCGCGCCGCCUCUUCUCACGCCGCAGCCCGGCCAAGCUGCACGAGCUCUACGAGAAGGUUUUCUCGAGGCGCGCAGACCGGCACAGCGACUUCUCCCGCCUGGCGCGGGUGCUCACAGGCAACACCAUCGCCCUGGUGCUGGGUGGGGGCGGGGCCAGGGGCUGCUCACACAUCGGGGUGCUGAAGGCAUUAGAGGAGGCGGGGGUCCCCGUUGACCUGGUGGGCGGCACGUCCAUCGGCUCCUUUAUCGGGGCCCUGUACGCUGAGGAGCGGAGCGCCAGCCGCACUAAACAGCGGGCCCGGGAGUGGGCUAAGAGCAUGACUUCGGUGCUGGAGCCCGUACUGGACCUCACCUACCCCGUCACCUCCAUGUUCACGGGGUCAGCCUUCAACCGCAGCAUCCACCGUGUCUUCCAGGACAAGCAGAUUGAGGACCUGUGGCUGCCAUACUUCAACGUGACCACGGACAUCACCUCCUCGGCCAUGCGUGUCCACAAAGAUGGCUCCCUGUGGCGAUACGUGCGUGCCAGCAUGACGCUCUCGGGCUACCUGCCGCCGCUGUGUGACCCCAAGGAUGGGCAUCUCCUCAUGGAUGGCGGCUACAUCAACAACCUGCCAGCGGACAUCGCCCGCAGCAUGGGUGCCAAGACAGUCAUCGCCAUCGACGUGGGGAGCCAGGAUGAGACAGACCUUAGCACAUACGGGGACAGCCUGUCUGGCUGGUGGCUUCUGUGGAAGCGGCUGAACCCCUGGGCAGACAAGAUCAAGGUUCCAGACAUGGCAGAGAUCCAGUCUCGCCUGGCCUACGUGUCCUGCGUGAGACAGCUGGAGGUUGUGAAGUCCAGCUCCUACUGUGAGUACCUGCGCCCACCCAUCGACUGCUUCAAGACCAUGGACUUCGGGAAGUUCGACCAAAUCUAUGAUGUGGGCUACCAGUAUGGAUCAACCGUCUUCAGUGGCUGGAGCCGGGGCGACAUCAUUGAAAAGAUGCUCACGGACCGGCGGUCUGCCGACCUGAACGAGAGCCGCCGCGCAGACGUGCUCGCCUUCCCCAGCUCCGGCUUCACCGACUUGGCGGAGAUAGUGUCCCGGAUCGAGCCUCCCACCACGAGCUACGUUUCGGUUUCCGACGGCUGUGCUGAUGGGGAGGAGUCGGACUGCCUGACGGAGUACGAGGAGGACGCGGGCCCCGAGUGCUCACGGGACGAAGGGGGCUCUCCGGAGGGCGCAAGCCCCAGCACUGCCUUGGAGAUGGGCGUGGGGGGCCACCCCUUGUCCCCACAGGAGGAGGAGAAGUCGAUUCUCCGGCACCGGCGCUGGCUGCCACAGGAGCCCUCCACCCCUGCUGCGGAUACCUGAGGACCUCCAGAGGGGUCCCCGCCUUGGGCUAGACAAGGGGUGAGCCCUGUGGGGGUGGCUCACUCCCCCUCUGCCUGCUGCUAUGCCUGUGACCCCUUGGGUCCCCUUUGACCCCCAGGGUCCACACACUGGACUGGCCUGUCCCCCCUCCCUGGCGUGGGGAAGGGGCAGCAGUGCACUGAUGACCCUCGAUCAGUCACACCAAUAAACCUUCCCCUCUUGGAA